AUGGCGGAGGGCAGGAGCCUGCCUGAGGUGCGUGCGCUGGUUGGGGCUUCGCAUGGCAUCACUGACCUGGCCCACAAGCUUCACUUCUAUGACCAAUGGGCUCCGAACUAUGACCAGGAUGUGGCUGCCCUGCAGUACCGCGCUCCCCGCCUCGCAGUUGACUGCCUCACCCAAGCCCUUGUGGGUCCACACCACGCUGCCCUGAUCCUGGAUGUGGCCUGUGGUACUGGCCUUGUGGCUGCAGAGCUGCAGGCUCAGGGCUUCCGCCAGCUGCAUGGGGUGGAUGGAAGCCCAGGGAUGUUGGAUCAGGCCCAGGCCCGUGGCCUCUACCAGUGCCUCAGCCUCUGCACCCUGGGCCAGGAGCCACUACCCAGCGCUGAAGGGACCUUUGACGCGGUGCUGAUGGUGGGUGCCCUCAGUGACGGCCAGGUGCCCUGCAGCGCAAUACCUGAGCUCCUGCGAGUUACCAAGCCAGGUGGGCUGGUGUGUCUGACCACCAGGACCAACCCAUCCAACCUGCGAUACAAAGAGGCGCUGGAGGCCACCCUGGAUGGGCUGGAGCAGGCUGGGGCAUGGGAACGGCUGGAGGCCCGGACUGUAGACCGUGGGAACUGGCCACCUCCGAGCUCGAGGUGGGGCCUGGCACCUCCGACAGCGACGGCUUCAUCUCCGGCAUCAUCUACCUGUACCGGAAGCAGGCGGCAGCCCAGGCUGAGGGAGGGAGGCCCGGCCCCCAGCCCCCAGCUGGCCUCUGACCCUCCUGUGGCCUCAGCCUCUGCUUUGCCUGUAAAAUGA